UUUAAAAACUAUAUAAAAAAAUUUACAAAACAAAAUGUGAUAAAAAUAUUUUAUUUUAUUAAAUGAUCAACGAAAUCACACAGAUGCAGAUGUCUUCUAUCUCUCAGAUUAUUCGUUCAUGUACAAAGACGAAUUCUUUUCUUAGUGGCAAAGCAGUCCAUGCGCGGCUAAUCAUUUCUGGGUCCAAUCCGGACGUUUAUACAAACAAUCACUUGCUGUCAAUGUACUUGACAUUCCAUGAAAUAGGGUGUGCCCAGAAACUGCUUGACGGAAUGCCAGAACGAAACGUAGUCACCUGGACAACUCUAAUUUCUGUUUAUUCUCAUUUGGAAAUGCCUGAAAAGGCUCUAGGAUGCUUCAGAUCAAUGGUUCUUGAAGACGGGUUUGCUCCAAACCAUUACACUUACGUGGGUGCAUUAUCUGCUUGUAGUAGAUUGAGAGCCACAAGAACUGGGAAAGAGAUACAUGGGAGGAUAGUCAGGGCCGAUAUGUCGUUAAAUAGCUUUGUAUCCAAUUGCCUGGUUAACUUUUAUGGGAAAUGUGGGUUGUUGAGGCCAGCUCGGUUUGUGUUUGAUGCCAUUAUGGAGCCAAACACAGUCACUUGGGCCUCGCUUAUUUCUUGCCAUUGCCAGGGUGGGGAGUACAUGGAGGGAUUGAGGAUUUUCUUGAAGUCUUUAAGGGAGGGAGUGCUGGUCAAUGAAUUCAUUUGUGGGAUUGCUCUGGGUGCUUGUGCUUCAAUGGAGUGUUUGAGACUGGGGAUGGGAAUUCAUUGCCUGAUUGUUAAACAUGGUGUGAAAAUGGAUCAACAUGUCAUCUCCGCGUUGGUGAACUUUUACGUAAAGUGUGGUCAACUUGGCUCGGCACGCGAGGCUUUUAACACGGAAGGUGCACCUGAUUUGCAUGCUUGGACUGCCUUGAUUGGAGGUUGUGUGCAUCUUGGGAAGAGGAGGGAGGCUGUUGAUAUUUUCUGUAGUUUGCUCUCUUCAGGGUUGAAGCCAAGUGAGAGGACAUAUGCAUCUGUCCUUGGAACCUUUGCUGACUUAAGGGAGUUUCAAGUUGGCAAACAACUCCACUCUUUCAUCAUAAAACAUGGAUUCGAUUCGUUCACCUUUGUUUGCAAUGCCUUAGUCGAUUUUUACUCUAUAAGCAAUCAAACCGGUGAGUCUUUGAAGAUUUUUCAAGAAAUGUCCGAACAUGACAUUGUAACUUGGAACACGUUGAUAACUGGAUACAUCCGUUCAGGUCAUUAUGAACAAGCAAUAGAGGUUCUUCAAGAGAUGUUGAUUGAUGAAGGACGGCUCCAGCCUAAUCUUCAUACAUACUCUUGCAUUUUGAGCAUAUGUGGGGAUUUGCCUUCCAUUGAAUGGGGCAAGCAAGUUCAUUGUCAUGCUAUGAAGCCCGAUUUCAUAUCCAAUGUGGUUGUUGGAAGCACUCUGAUUGACAUGUAUGCCAAAUGUGGACGAUUGAGCGAUGCACGAAAAGUCUUUGAUAGAUUACCUUGUAAGAACUUGGUGUCAUGGAACACUAUGCUCGUGGGUUACGCGCAACACGGGUUUGGGCUAGAAGCUAUGGAGGUUUACAAUAUGAUGCGGGAAAACAGGGUUAAGCCUAAUGACAUCACAUUCAUUGGAGUGUUAUCCGCGUGUGGUCAUGGAGGGCUAUUAGAGGAGGGGUUAGACCACUUCAACAGCAUGAAAACUAUGCAUGGGAUCACCCCGAGGACCGAACACUUGGCUUGUAUGGUCGAUCUAUUCGCACGUAAAGGACAUACAAAAAGAGCUUAUGACCUCAUUAACAAAUUUUCUGAAAAACCAGAUAAGGUGGUUUGGCGUUGUCUUUUGUCAGGAUGCAUCACGAAUAAAGAUUUUAUAAUGGGCAAAUACGCUGCAGAGGAGAUUCUAAAAAUUGAUCCAAAUGAUGCAUCAGCCCAUGUUACAUUGUCGAAUAUUUAUGCGAGGUUGAACAUGUGGGAUGAAGCUGCAGAGAUGAGGAAGAUGAUGAAACAAAAAGAACUGAAGAAGGAAACUGGUUACAGUUGGACAGAGUUGCAUAGCAAGAUGUAUUGUUUUUCUUCAAGUCACAAAAUGCAUCUUGGACAGGACAGUAGCAUGAAAGAUUUUUUGAUUGGACUUGCUGCACAUUUAGUUGAUGCAGAAUACAUGCCUGACAUUGACGGACUGGCCUAAUUGAUUCUAUGCACUACUUUACAUGGGGCAUUUAGUCAUCUCUAAGCGGCAACAUGUCACCAAAAUGUCAGUGCCAUUUGAGUGUAAACAUCACAUGAAAUGCCCACAACAUUGAAUAGCAACUAUCACUGUGAAAAAAAAGAAAAUUUAGAGUGCAGACGAAAGCAAUAAAAGGAGAUGCAUAUUUUCUUUCUUCAAGGAGAUUGAGAGACACGAUUACACAAAGAUAAAAAGGAAGAGGAUAUACAGGAAGGUCGACAUCCAGAGCAGAUUUGUUGCCUUUUCACUGCUCGCAUGAACAUCACAGAGCAGACCAUCAAUCUGCGAAUCCGUGACUGCUGGCUUCUUAUUCUGUCUGAUGAUAUUGAUUUGGAUCACGUGAGCACAGCAUAAUACCUUGGCCCUGAUUUUAAAUUCCCCCAUCUGAAAGUAUUCUCUCGUCCAAAUUUCUAUGCAAUAAGGGUUUAAAGCUGGUGUUAAACUGACGCUGGAAGCUGAAGAUGGUUCCAGACACCGGUAAAAUCACACUAUCUUUUCUUCCUUCCAUUCAUCAUCUAUUUAAUCAAAGUAGUAACAGUCUACUUUCUUUAGUAGCUCCUGAAAAUGGUGCUAAUAUAAGGUAUUGUAGUGUUUCUAUGUUGUGCCUGUUUUGACUCAACACACAGAUUAAGAAAGUAAAAAUCGGUCAGUUGAAAUUAAUGCGGAGAAAAGAAAAAUGAUUUGAAUCACAUAAUGCUUGUUAUAACUGCACAAAUGCAUAAGAAAUUGAUACGGAUAAAGAAAAGAGCACGCACAACAUAAUGGAUUUUGAGAGAAACAAGAAAAGAGAAAUAUGAAU